AUGGCUCCCCUUAACGAAGGGAGGAGUUCGGAAUCACAGCCGGAGAAUCAAAAUGACCGAGAAGCUCACGAGGGGCAGAGCGAUCACGAACCUUCGACAGGUCCGGCAUGGUACUACGAAGUAGAACAGGAUGAGGAUGACGACGAUCAAGAUCCCGACUAUCAGGACGAGCCGGAUGAAGAUGAUGACGAUGGGUUUCAAGACGCCAACGGUGGCCUCCAGUUUGAGGUCUUGUUAACCAACGAUGACGGUGAAGAAGACGAUAACGAAGACCAGAACGAUCAAGAAGAGGAUGAUGAUGAGAGUGCACAGCGCAUUCUGAAUCUCAUACGAUCCGGUGCCAGAACAGGACUACUGACCAGAGGACAACUUGUUGCACUGAUGCGCAAUCGGGAACUCACCAACGUCCUGUUCCAAGAUGACCCUGAAAGCGAUAUUGAGUUCUUGCAGUGGCCUCUGGGAAGACGGCGCACACCCAAAGACCCGAAUCGUUUCCCGAAGGUCCCGAGCGAGGAGGGCAUCAAGCUCAUGCGGUCGGGGGUGUUUGGUGCCAACGACUACAACUUCAAGGCCAAGAAGCGUCUUGCUACGAGGAUGUUGGAGCGUGAGUUGGCGUUGGGGGACCGAGAAGAUCGGUUAAGGAAUAACGCUCUCAUCACACAGAGUAUGUUGCCGCGGAGCAGAGCGGAACAGAUCAUUCACUUUGAUGAUCCUGUAUACUCGGGCCAGUUCUCCGAUGAUGGAAACUUCUUCUUCGCCUGCUCCCAAGACUUCAAGGUCAGGAUGUAUGAUACAUCCAACCCAUACAACUGGAAGCAUUACAAGACAGUCAGCUAUCCCUGGGGUCAGUGGACACUCACAGACGCCUCGCUGAGCCCUGACAACAAAUGGCUGGCCUACACCUCGAUCCAGACUAUGGUCUCGAUUGCUCCCACUGAUCCAAACGACACCGGAGACCCUUACACCCUGGAUCUCGACGAUGGGACCAGGCAUGGGUGGCACGGGAGACGUGGCUUCGGCAUCUGGUCUGUUCGGUUUUCUGGCGAUGGGAGAGAGCUGGUUGCAGGAACUAGCGCGGCGUCUCUUGUUGUAUACGACAUCGAGUCACGGACGGUUCUGCACCACGUUCGUGGGCAUCAGGACGAUGUCAACGCCGUUUGCUUCGCUGACAAGAUGUCUCCCCACAUUCUCUACUCGGGAUCUGAUGACACAACAAUCAAGGUCUGGGACCGGCGAAGUAUGGGCGACAACCGAGAAGCUGGAGCAUUCGUUGGCCACAUCGAAGGCUUGACGUAUAUCGACAGCAAGGGUGAUGGGCGCUACAUUCUCAGCAAUGGCAAGGACCAAAGCAUGAAGCUCUGGGAUCUCCGAAUGGCCAUGUCUACCGACCGAUUCAAGGAGUUGAAUCCUACCCGGCACACGCGGAAUAGCGACUUUGACUACCGCGGAGGAGUCUAUGACGACGAGGACUGGGACGUACACCCCAACGACAACUCAUUGGUGACGUUCCGAGGCCACAAGGUACUCCGAACUCUAAUCAGAUGCCACUUCUCACCUCCCUCGGCGACCAACUCGAGGUAUGUGUAUUCUGGUAGCACAGAUGGAAAGGUGUAUAUCUGGAACAUGGACGCAACAUUGGCGGGAAUUGUCGAUGUCAAGAAGGCGACGAUGCGCACGCGACCAAUGAACCACCGGUAUCGCCUUUAUCACUUCGAUGAGCGCGGCGACUGGGGAACCUGUGUUCGUGAUGCCAGCUGGCAUCCCAGCGCCCCUGUUCUCGUUGCAUCAGCAUGGAACGGACACAACAUGGCUCAGGGAACUUGCUCAGUGCAUUCGUUCAACGAGAACGUUGACGAUGAGGGAGAUCCGCCCAUGGGCCGGAGCGUCAGCAAUGUGCUCAAGGAAGACCCUGACUUGUACUACAACUCAACGUAUGCAAUUCAUUAG